CGUCAUAUCUACAAUUCGCGAUACCGCGACUCGUUCACGAGACAUACUACCAAAACUUUAUUCAAUCCACCGUCGCCUGUGGGAGCGUUUGCAAACAUCAUUCUGUGCAGUAUUGAACUGAGAUUGUUCGGGAACGGAUCGAUAGAUCGGCAGCACCAUGGUCAAUAUUCGACCGAUAUCGGACUCACUCAGCAAGAAGGCCAAGAAUGAACUAAAUGAGAGACCAGAACGAAUUCAGGAGGAUUUGAGUGUUCUCCGCCAAUGGAUUGCCAAAAGCCCUCACCUACGAUCGCGGAUUGACGAUCAGUUUUUGGUAGCCUUUCUACGAGGAUGUAAAUACAGUUUGGAACGAGCGAAAGAGAAGUUGGAUAUGUACUAUACCGUUCGGACGAUGUCUCCAGAAUUGAUUAGAACACGAGAUCCGGAAAACGCCAAGAUACGGCAAAUUAUUCGUCUUGGUGUAGGAGUACCGCUACCACAUACAGAGGCUCCAGAUUCGCCUAGAAUUAUGUUGAUUCGUCCGGCAGCCUAUGAUCCGGCGCAGAUUACUAUAGAGGAAGUUAUCCGAGUGAGCACCAUGGCCAACGACAUAAUGAUGAUUGAAGAUGACAACUUUGUGAUUGCUGGACAGAUUGGUAUUUUGGACCUCGCCAAUGUUACCAUGGCCCACUUUCUACAAUUUUCGCCAACAUUUGUGAAGAAAAUGACCAUGAUGAGUCAGGAAGCCUCGCCAUUGCGGCAGAAAGGGUUCCAUUAUAUAAACACUCCCAGUGGGUUCGAAAUGGUGUUCAAUAUGUUUAAAAGUUUCAUGAGCGAGAAAAAUAAGUCAAGACUCUAUGUACACGGACACGAUCUGGAAUCGUUGUAUCGUCACGUACCUAAAAGACUUCUUCCAGCUGAAUACGGAGGCGAUGCCGGUCCCCUUGAAUGCAUUAUUACGAACUGGGAGAAGAAAAUUGUUUCAUAUCGAGAUUACUUCCUGGAAGAAGACCAAUAUGGAACGGAUGAAAAGAAGAGACCAGGACGACCUAAGAAUGCCGAAAGUUUGUUUGGCGUAGAAGGAUCGUUUCGGCAAUUGCAAGUGGAUUGAAACAACUUCUAUCAGUUUAUUGUAUUUAAAAUUGAUAUUCAAAUGAAUCCUGCUGAUUGGA